AUGGACAGCCUUCACCCUGUUUCGGUCGGACAGGUUUUGAAUGAUAGAUAUGAAAUCAUCAAGGAACUCGGAGAUGGGAAGUACUCAAUUGUUUGGCUAGCCAAGGACCAAAUACACGGAUCCUACAGCGCGAUUAAAGUUCUUCGUGAAGAUUGCGAUAGUGGCAAAAGUGGUACCUUCGAGCUAGAUAUCUUAAAAUGCCUCAGCGAAGGCAAUCCAAACCAUAAUGGCUACCAGCAUAUUUCUCGUCUUCUUGAUCACUUUAUUCACGGCCGGAAUUUGUGUCUCGUGCUGGAGCCUAUGGCGGAAAACUUGAAGGAUUUUUGCCUCUUCUUUGAGGAUGCUAAAAUUCCUCCUUCUAUAUUGAAACCGAUCACGAAACAGCUUCUUUAUGCGUUAGAAUACGCCCAUUCCUUGGGAAUUAUCCACACCGAUAUAAAGCAAGACAAUAUCAUGAUAAAAAUCAGGGAUAAGUCUAUUAUUGAAAAACAUGUUCUCGUCCCAGAGAAUAGUCUUGGAGAGCUGAAUUUUCAUGAUCGCUCCGACUUUGCUCAAGUCCAAGUCAUCCUUGGUGACUGGGGGACGGCAAGUUGGGAAUCACUCCAUCUUACAGAAUUCAUACAACCAAGACUCCUUCGAGCCCCCGAGGUCUUAUUGCAGGCACCGUGGAGCAGGGAAGUUGAUAUUUGGAACCUAGGCGCUUUGCUUCCCGAGCUUCUUGAUGCGGUGCAAAUGUUUUCUGGCCGAGCUAGCGUGACUGGUGGUCAUUAUCUGAUCAAACACCAUAUUGAGGAAAUGGACGCACUUUUCGGUCCCUUCCCUUCUCACUUAUUGAAGGAAGGAAAUCAAGCGAUCGUAUGGAAUUUAUUCAAUACAAACUUGCAAAUUAGAGACCCCACUAAGCGUCCGCUGGCAGAGCUCGGCAACUGGAUUAAGUGUCUUAACGGAGAGGAGAAAGAGCGAUUCCUAUUUCUGCUUCGAUCUAUGAUGAUGAUUGAUCCAAAAAAACGAAAGCCUGCUCAUUUAUUACAGAAUGAGCUUUGGCUCACAAGUCAAUAG